AUGAUUGGAUUGCAAGCGAAUGUGAAUUAUCACAAUGUUGCCAUGGGCCAGGGGCAGGAUGAGAUUGCGAUGCAAAAGCUGGAGCUAGGGUCCAAGGAGGGCCACUGGGUCAUGCUGCAGAAUAUCCACUUGAUGCCUUCUUGGUGUGCUAUACUAGAGAAGAGGCUGGAUGCCUUUGCAGUAGAGAACAGCAAUCCUUACUUCCGGCUUUUCUUGUCAGCAGAUCCAUCGCCAGGAAUCCCAAUUGGUUUGUUGGAGCGUUCCAUCAAACUGACCAACGAGCCACCACAAGGUCUUUUGGCCAACCUGAGGAGAUCGUUUGCCCUCUUCAACAGAGAGGAAUUUGAUGAACGAGACAGCAAGAUCAAGUCGAUUCUCUUUGCUCUGUGUCAUUUUCACUCCUUGAUGCUGGAGCGGAAGAAGUUCGGACCGUUGGGUUACAACAUGAAAUAUCCAUUUUCCAGUGGAGACUUGCGUGACUCGGCCUCCGUGCUCUACAAUUACUUGGAGGGGUCCACGGCAGUCAAGAUCCCUUGGGAAGACUUGCGCUACAUCUUUGGCGAGAUCAUGUAUGGAGGCCACAUUGUUGACGACUGGGAUAGACGGAUGUGCGGGAAGUACCUGAGCUAUUUCAUGCAGGACGAUAUUCUGGAUGAGAUGGAACUUGUGCCAUAUGCGGCAGAAGGGCUCAGCUGGAAGUCACCUGGUCCAGGAACACAUGAGAAGUACCUUGAGCACAUUGUGCGGGAGGUCCGCUUCAAUGUUGAGGAAGCAGCAAUGAAUUUGACCGAAGAGGCGUUGACCGAGGAAUCCUUGCCAGUGUGGUGGGUGAAGCUGGGUUUCCCCUCCACGAGACCCUUGAGGUCCUGGCUGGUGAAUCUGAAGGAUCGCUGCGCGCAGCUGGACGAUUGGUUUCCAGAUCCUCCAGCCGUUCCCAAGGUGGUGGAUGUGUCCAAACUCUUCAACCCACAGAGCUUUCUCACCGCCAUUAAACAAGUCUGCUGCCAGAAUCAAAAGCUGGAACUGGACCGCUUGCAUGUUUUCACAGAGGCGGGAUGCGGGUCUUCUAGCGACAGCAUCGCUAUUCAUGAUAAACUCACCAAGUUUUUGAUGCGUUUGAUGCAAUCGCCACAAAAGCUCAUUCCGUUUAGAAGACAACGUUUCAUAUCGCCCUAA